GCUUCCUCUUUCCUCGCUGAAGAUGGCGCUGCUCACGAUACAUACCUGGCGCUGGGCAGCGGCGGCAGCUGCUUUGGAAAAGCGCCUGCACGUCGCCAUUCUGAUCCGGCCUCUGGUCUCCGUGAGCGGAUCAGGUCCGCAAUGGAGGUCACGUCACCUCGUUGUCUCGGGAACUACUCGAACCUGCCAGGCUCUCCAGACAUGGCCGCUGAUAGAAAAGAGGACAUGUUGGCAUGGUCAUGCAGGAGGAGGACUCCACACAGACCCGAAAGAAGGGUUAAAAGAUGUUGAUACUCAGAAAAUCAUCAAAGCAAUGCUUUCUUAUGUGUGGCCCAGAGACAGGCCAGAUCUACGAGCUAGGGUGGCCAUUUCCCUGGGAUUUUUGGGUGGCGCAAAGGCCAUGAACAUUGUAGUUCCCUUCAUGUUUAAGUAUGCUGUAGACAGCCUCAACCAGAUGUCGGGAAACAUGCUGAACCUGAGUGAUGCACCAAAUACAGUUGCAACCAUGGCAACGGCAGUUCUGAUUGGCUAUGGUGUAUCAAGAGCCGGAGCUGCCUUUUUUAAUGAAGUUCGAAAUGCAGUAUUUGGCAAGGUAGCCCAAAAUUCAAUACGAAGAAUAGCCAAAAAUGUCUUUCUCCAUCUUCACAACCUGGAUCUGGCUUUUCACCUGAGCAGACAGACAGGAGCUUUAUCGAAGGCUAUUGACAGAGGGACAAGGGGUAUCAGUUUUGUCCUGAGUGCUUUAGUAUUUAAUCUUCUUCCCAUUAUGUUUGAGGUGACUCUUGUCAGUGGUAUUUUGUAUUACAGAUGCGGCGCCCAGUUUGCCUUGGUGACCCUUGGGACACUUGGAGCGUACACAGCAUUCACAGUUGCCGUCACCCGGUGGAGAACUAGAUUUAGAAUAGAAAUGAACAAAGCGGAUAAUGAUGCUGGUAAUGCCGCCAUAGACUCGCUGCUGAAUUAUGAAACUGUGAAGUAUUUUAAUAAUGAAAAGUAUGAAGCACAAAGGUAUGAUGGAUUUUUGAAGACAUAUGAGACUGCUUCGUUGAAAAGUACCUCUACUCUGGCUAUGCUGAACUUCGGUCAAAAUGCUAUUUUCAGUGUUGGUUUAACAGCUAUAAUGGUGCUGGCCAGUCAGGGAAUUGUGGCAGGUACCCUUACUGUUGGAGAUCUAGUAAUGGUGAAUGGACUGCUUUUUCAGCUUUCGUUACCCCUGAACUUCCUGGGAACUGUAUAUAGAGAAACUAGACAAGCACUCAUAGAUAUGAACACCUUGUUUACUCUACUCAAGGUAGACACCCGAAUUAAAGACAAAGUGAUGGCAUCUCCCCUUCAGAUCACACCACAGACAGCUACGGUGGCCUUUGAUAAUGUGCAUUUUGAAUACACUGAGGGGCAGAAAGUUCUUAACGGAAUAUCUUUUGAAGUCCCUGCAGGAAAGAAAGUGGCCAUUGUAGGAGGUAGUGGGUCAGGGAAAAGCACAAUAGUGAGGCUAUUGUUCCGCUUCUAUGAGCCUCAGAAGGGUAACAUUUACAUUGCUGGUCAGAAUAUACAAGAUGUGAGUCUGGAGAGCCUUCGGAGAGCAGUGGGAGUAGUGCCUCAGGAUGCCGUUCUCUUCCAUAAUACCAUUUACUACAACCUCUUAUAUGGAAACAUGAAUGCCUCACCUGAGGAAGUGUAUGCAGUGGCAAAAUUAGCUGGACUCCAUGAUGCAAUUCUUCGCAUGCCACAUGGAUAUGACACCCAAGUAGGGGAACGAGGACUCAAACUUUCAGGAGGAGAGAAGCAAAGAGUAGCCAUUGCAAGAGCCAUUUUGAAGGACCCCCCAGUCAUUCUCUAUGAUGAAGCCACUUCAUCAUUAGAUUCAAUUACUGAAGAGACUAUUCUUGGUGCCAUGAGGGAUGCAGUGAAGCACAGAACUUCUGUUUUCAUUGCACACAGACUUUCAACAGUGGUCGAUGCAGACGAAAUCAUUGUCUUGGACCAGGGUAAGGUAGCUGAACGUGGUACCCACCAUGCUUUGCUUGCUACCCCUGGCAGUAUCUAUUCAGAAAUGUGGCAUACACAGAGCAGUCAUGUGUUCAGCCAAGAUAACCCCAAAUGGCAUGCAAAGAAAGAAACUAUGUCCAAAGAGGAGGAAAGGAAGAAACUCCAGGAAGAAAUUGUCAACAGUGUGAAAGGCUGUGGAAACUGUUCCUGCUAAGUUACAUGAGGCGUUUUCUUUUCUUUUUUUUUUUUUUUUUUUGACUUCACAUUUGCACUGAAGCAGAAUUGUUUUAUUAAAAAAAAAAAAUCUUACAUUCCCAUUAUCUAUACUCCUUCUUUUAGAUAAGAUGUGUUUGAAAGGGGAUUUGAAUUUUACUUCUUUCAUAAUCUAUUUAAUGUGGUACCUAUAUUUAUCCCCAAAUUAUUUUCUUGUUACUGCCUCAGUUAUGCUCAAAUCAUCAUUUUUGUUACUAUUUGGCUUUACCCCAUUUUUGAGGCCUGAUAGCCGUUUCAUAUCCAUAACCAGAUGAAUCAGAUUGGUUUCCAAAUUUUUGUAGUUUUUAAAACCUCCUUUAUGCUGAUAAUUUAGAUGGAAGGUCUGUUUUUUAAGAUAAAUAAAAAAGAGGACAAUGGGGUUCAUUGUUUCUCUUUCCUCGCUGCUCCCACAGAAAUACUUCAAUGAUAGAUACCUAUACUUAUAUCUUUUAAAGUACUUGACACUAUAUACCUUUUGGAGGAAAAACCUUAAUUCUCAUGUUUGUAUGUAGAAUGUCCUUCAUCAUUAACCAGCAUUAUAACUAUCAUCUAGUGGUGGGAAUUUUAUUUUUCCACCAAAAUGAGGCAUUGCUUUUGUUUUGGACAAAAAUUUAUAUAUUUCUCUUUAAAGACUUAUAAACGCUGAUGUAAUUUGAGAGUUGCCAUACUGGGAGUGAUGGAAAGAGCUUAGGAAGCUAAUUGCCUUUCCUAUUUCCAUCUUAAAUGCACUGAUUUGUUGUCUGAAGUUAUAGAAAGAAACAACUAAAUGAGAUGUGUGCAUUGCACGUGUGUGUGUGUGUGUGUGUGUGUGUGUGUGUGUAUACUCACGUGUAUAAAGCAACAUUCACUUAAAAUGGUGAAUCUUUAGGUAACUAGGACAGGGCUCGAUGAUCAGGGCUUUAAUCUGGAUUGACACUUCAGAAUUACUUUAUUAAAAGAUCUUCCCUUCCCUUUUCGGCAAUUUAAAUUGCUGAACGAGGAGGAACACAAAUGAAAUAAUCAGGUUUUACCUGCUAGAAUUAGUUACUAAGAUGUUGGUAUGUAUUCACUUAGAAAGCGCCUUUUAUAAUUUGAAUUUGCUUUAAUUUGGUAGUAAUCAUUCAGUUUGAAAAACUGUGUAACUAAUGACCAACUACAUGACUGUGUGUAAUGAGGUUUUAUUUCUCAGAAUAGGUCUUAAAGUGUUUAUUUUACUAGUUUAUGGUUUUAAUGUGUUUUAAAUGAUAAUUUGGAAUGGGUGAGACGGAUGGUGUUUUCUGUUUUACAUCGUCAUUGGUAGGUGGAUAUCUAAACUUAUCUAAUUCAGGUGUACAGUUUUGUUAUGUAAAGGCAAUUUGAUAAGUAGCUUGAAGCCACUAUCUCACAGUCUUUGACUCCUGAGUAAGUAGUACACUCUUUCUUUUGAAGUUGUAGUUAACACAGAUGGGUAAUCAACUGCAAAAUGGGUUUUUAUCUUUGGACAUACCUUCCUCUGAAGCCACAGACAUUAGUGCUCUUCUAAGGGAAAAAUAAAAGCACUUCCUUUGAAUAAAUCACCUGUGUUACUAGAAAUGUGGUCAGUCUAGAUAGAA